AUGAAUGGAAAGGAUAGUCUCGGUGAGUUUUAUCUCGACGACCUGUCAGAUUGUCUUGACUGCCGUUCAGCAAGUAGUACUGAUGACGAAAGUGAUAGCAGUAAUAUAGCCAUUCGAAAGCGACGUCCUAUACCGCUAAUAUACAGUGAUUCAGAGGACGAGGACAUGAAUAAUAAUGUUGAAGACAACAAUGAUACAUGGUCAACGAACGACAAGAGUAUAAUUUUGGAACCUUUCGAAGGCAGCUCUGGCGUAAAAAUUAUGCCAAGUUCCUCCGAAAGCGUAAUGGAUAUUGUGAAUUUAUAUAUUGGAAGUGACCUGAUUGAGCACUUCGUGAGGGAGUCUAAUAGAUAUCAUUAUCAAAUUGUGGAAAAAUAUAAAAUUACAUCAAAAACGAAAAAAUGGAAGGACGUCACGGUGACUGAAAUGAAGAAAUUUUUGGGCCUGAUCAUUCUCAUGGGACAAGUAAAGAAGGACGUUCUCUACGAUUAUUGGUCUACAGACCCAUCUAUAGAAACGCCGUUCUUCUCGAAGGUUAUGAGCAGGAACAGAUUUUUACAAAUAAUGCAAAGCUGGCAUUUUUGUAAUAAUAACGAUAUUUCUCCCAAUUCGCAUAGGCUGGUGAAGAUCCAGCCUGUCAUUGAUUAUUUCAAGGAAAAAUUUAACAACGUAUAUAAACCAGAUUAA